GAAAAGCCGAAGAUGAAGCGGAAGCAGUAGAAGAAGAAGAAGAAGAAGAAGAAGAAGGAAGGGGGUUAGGAAAACAAAUCAAAUGCAAGACGAAGGCUAAUCACAACCCAGAUAUUGUUUGUCAUGAGGAACCCUGUUUUAUUUUCUAAACUCCGACAGAUCUUGCCGAUUGUACUGCUGACACAGCAAAACUGAGAUGAGCUGAAGACACCCGGGAACGAUUAUUUCACCAUCAGCGUCGUCAGGUGGCAACUCAGACCUAUUUGCCCCAGUCAGGUGAUGCGAGUUGGCAGGAUCCAGCUGAGUGUCUGAGAUAUGAUGGAGGAUGACUACAGGCCUCUGCUGAGCUCGGGGCCGACAGGAGAAAGCCUCUCGCACAGAGGGUCCACAGACUCACUGGACAACAGGGCUAAAAGGCCUUUCCACGUGGAGCCCAGAAAUAUUGUAGAUGAUGACCCGCAAGAGAGGGUGUCUGCUGAGGCUGCCAUCCUCAACAGUAGAGUGCAUUACUACAGCAAACUCACUGGCUCAUCUGACAGGCUGCUGAGUCCCCCUAACCAUGUCAUCCCCCGGGCAGAGGAGAUUUACAUUUACAGCCCUCUGGGGUCAGCUUUUAAGGUGACAGGCAGUGACCACUUGACUAAAAACCCCAGUAUCAUCACCAUAUUUGCGAUAUGGAACACAAUGAUGGGCACAUCCAUACUCAGCAUACCUUGGGGUAUAAAGCAGGCUGGUUUCACUCUGGGGAUCCUCAUCCUUAUCUUCACAGGCUUGCUGAUGCUCUACUGUUGUUACAUUGUACUCAAAUCACCGAAGGCAAUCCCUUAUGUGGACACAUCUGACUGGGAAUUUCCUGAUGUUUGUCGGUACUACUUUGGCAAGUUUGGCCAGUGGUCUAGCUUGGUCUUCUCAAUGGUGUCUCUAAUUGGAGCCAUGGUGGUUUAUUGGGUCCUCAUGUCCAACUUCCUCUACAACACUGGGCAGUUUAUUUACAACUAUGCUCAUCAUGUUAACAUGUCAUAUCCCCAGUUUGGAACCAAUGGUACAGAUAAAGUAAUUUGUCCAUACCCAAACACUGACUCUGAAGGGAACAAGAGCAUCAGCACUCUUUAUCUCAGCACCACUGGCAAUGAUACCACUGAUGUCGACUCCUUUGAACAUUGGUGGAGCAAAACCAACACCAUUCCGCUCUAUCUCAUCAUCCUACUGCUGCCACUGCUUUGUUUCCGAUCAGCCUCCUUCUUUGCAAGGUUCACAUUUUUGGGCACCAUAUCAGUCAUCUACCUGCUUGUUCUGGUCACCAUCAAAGCUGUCCGCCUUGGCUUCCAUCUAGACUUCAGCUGGUUUCACGCAACCAAGUACUAUGUUCCAGAGUUCCGGCUGCUCUUUCCUCAGUUGACGGGCGUCCUCACGCUGGCGUUCUUCAUUCACAACUGUAUCAUCACCCUAAUGAAGAACAACAAGCACCAAGAGAACAAUGUACGGGACCUGUCUGUGGCUUAUCUCCUGGUAGGGCUGACCUAUCUUUAUGUAGGAGUGUUGAUCUUCGCUGCCUUUCCAGCUCCUCCUCUCGACAAAGACUGCAUUGAACCAAACUUCUUAGAUAAUUUCCCCAGUGAUGAUGUGUUGGUAUUUGUGGCUCGGACCUUCCUGUUGUUCCAAAUGAUCACGGUCUACCCCUUGCUGGGAUACUUGGUGCGAGUCCAGAUGAUGGGCCAGAUCUUUGGCAAUCAUUACCCCAGUUUCUUCCAUGUCCUGGCUCUGAACAGCAUGAUUGUUGGAGCUGGUGUCCUGAUGGCAAAGUUUUAUCCCAAUAUUGGAUCCAUUAUUCGGUUUUCUGGAGCAACGUGCGGCUUGGCUUUGGUGUUUGUCUUUCCCUCAUUGGUCCACAUGAUCUCCCUGAGACGACAGGGCACCCUCCGCUGGCCGUCAGCGCUUUUCCACAGUUGUCUGAUCCUGUUGGGUUUGGCCAACAUGGUGGCUCAGUUCUUCAUGUAGUCAUAUUUCUGAUGGAUGGAGGACAACAAAGAGUGCUAUAAUUCAACCAUCGUGUGCCAUCGGAAUAAUCAAUUGCAACAUCCAGCAGGAAUCCAAUGACUUCAUUCUGUUAUCUUCUGUCGUUUUCUGUCUUCCAGCCAGUAAGAUUUUGGUGAUAAAAUGAAACUUAAGAUGUUGGAUUAUUCCUGUCCUAACUAGUCUGAGGGACUCGGUGUUCUAUGUUUCAACUGGGAGUUGCAAUGGGACAUAGAGGAUAUAUAAGGGAUUUUAGGAAUUAAGGGAUGUGUAUUUCAGCAUUUCAUGGAUUUCGUUCCAUCAAAUCAAUGUGCGGAUUCAUCUUUGUAGAAGUUGCUCUCACUGAUGACAGGGAAUUAUUUUUACUAACUUUGUGAUUAUCCGAGCUGUUUGGUCGUUUGGGGAAAAAUAGGUUUUUCAACAAACUUUGUCAGAAUCUUUUAAUCCCAGAAAGCAUGUUGAUUUCAUGUUUACUUUAUGCUAACUAUUCUUCAUUGCGUGCUCUGUAAUUCAUGGACAGACAAAGGAAACGUGACUGACAAUAAAUCUUAUCAGGUUCUAACAA